ACACACACACACACACACACACACACACACACACGCUUCCUUUUUUUCCUCGCAAAGAAAGACAGCUAUUGACUAGAAGCCCAGAAUUGCCCCAAGUUCCGACCACCAGCUCGAAUUCUUAUGAAGUGGACUUGUAAUAUCCUUAAUGCUGCUGUUGGCAGUCAGUUACAGAUUCCAUUAUUGUCGAUCUGUGCAGUCGCCAUGCGAGGUGGGGGGAGGAAUGGAGGAGGAGGAGAAGAAAGGAGGGAUGAGAGCUUCCUAUUCACAGAUUUAUCAACCUGCCUUUUCUUGCAGGAAAUCUUCGUAAAGGAGGCUGUUGAAAUAGCUAAAGCAGGAAGGGUUGGGGGCUGCAGUUCUUGCAGAGGACUGAAAGGAUAUUUGAAAACCUUUCUCCUCAAAACAAAACAAAAUGCUGAAUUUGUUCUUUUGUCUUUGUUUUUGUUUGAUAUGCUUUACUUAACUGAUUAGCUAUUGUGCUGUCUGGUUAUCUAAGCUGCUUCCAGUGUAGGAACCUGUUUCUUUUUCUUUGAGUGUCUUUAUUCUAUAUUUUUCCUAUGCUUUUUCCUGUCAUUAAACACACUUCAUUAUCCAGUGUUAUCCUGGCUUUCUCUUUCAGACUAAAGCAUAACACCAAGAGACAGAAGGACAAAUCUCCCUUUUCCUCUCUUCUACCACCUUCUUUUAACCCUAUUUCUUUCCCCCUCCCCCUGGUUGUAUUAGAUUGAUGUCACAGAGACAGAAUUCAGAGUGGAGGGAGGAUCACAUUUUCUCUUUCAUCAUUACUGCCUAGCCAGCAAUUUAAGUGUUGGACCCCCAAGAAUUUAGACUCUGUAUCCUUUUUUUCUCACUUCAUCAUUCAGUAAUUGUGCUCUGUAUGGAAAAGUUUUCUGGCUGGAGAAUGAGUCUCCUUUCCCCCGGUGAUGUGGCGGAGUGGUUGGAUAGUAGCACCGAAGAAGAGAAGAGCCUUCUGUCAUUUCUGGAGGUACCAGCAGAAAGGUCCCCUCGUAGACGGAGUAUCUCAGGGACCAGUACAUCAGAGAAACCCAACUCCAUGGACACUGCAAAUACCUCACCCUUCAAAGUACCAGGAUUCUUCAGCAAGCGCCUGAAAGGCUCCAUCAAGAGGACCAAAAGCCAGUCAAAGCUUGACAGAAACACGAGCUUUCGGCUCCCAUCCCUUCGCAAUACAGAUGACAGGUCUCGUGGGCUGCCUAAACUAAAAGAGUCACGUUCCCAUGAAUCCUUGCUAAGCCCAUGCAGUGCAGUGGAAUGUCUGGAUCUUGGUAGAGGGGAACCUGUAUCAGUGAAACCACUCCAUAGUAGCAUCCUUGGACAAGACUUCUGCUUUGAGGUUACCUACUUAAGUGGAAGUAAAUGCUUCAGCUGUAACUCCGCUUCUGAGAGAGAUAAGUGGAUGGAAAACCUUCGCAGGACAGUUCAACCUAAUAAGGACAAUUGCAGGCGAGCUGAAAAUGUUCUUCGUUUAUGGAUCAUUGAAGCCAAGGACCUUGCCCCUAAAAAGAAAUAUUUCUGCGAACUGUGCCUUGAUGAUACCCUCUUUGCUCGUACAACCAGCAAGACCAAAGCAGACAAUAUUUUCUGGGGUGAACAUUUUGAAUUCUUCAGCCUUCCACCUCUUCAUAGCAUCACAGUUCACAUUUACAAGGAUGUGGAAAAAAAGAAAAAGAAGGACAAGAAUAAUUACGUAGGGCUAGUCAACAUCCCCACUGCCAGUGUGACUGGUCGCCAAUUUGUAGAAAAGUGGUAUCCAGUGAGUACACCUACACCCAACAAAGGAAAGACAGGAGGACCUUCUAUUCGGAUUAAAUCACGUUUCCAAACUAUCACCAUUCUGCCUAUGGAACAAUACAAAGAAUUUGCAGAAUUUGUCACCAGCAACUACACCAUGCUGUGUUCUGUCCUUGAGCCAGUAAUUAGCGUGAGAAAUAAAGAGGAGUUGGCUUGUGCCUUAGUGCACAUUCUUCAAAGUACUGGCAGAGCCAAGGAUUUUCUGACUGACUUGGUGAUGUCUGAGGUGGAUCGUUGUGGAGAGCAUGAUGUCUUGAUCUUCAGAGAGAACACUAUUGCCACCAAAUCCAUUGAGGAAUACCUCAAGUUAGUGGGACAACAGUAUCUUCAUGACGCACUGGGGGAAUUUAUCAAAGCUUUGUAUGAGUCAGAUGAGAACUGUGAAGUAGAUCCCAGCAAAUGUUCAUCUAGUGAACUGAUAGACCAUCAGAGCAACCUGAAAAUGUGCUGUGAGCUGGCUUUCUGCAAGAUCAUCAACUCUUACUGUGUUUUCCCUCGUGAGUUGAAAGAAGUGUUUGCAUCAUGGAAGCAGCAGUGCCUGAACCAUGGCAAGCAAGACAUCAGCGAGAGGCUCAUUAGUGCCUCUUUAUUUCUCCGUUUUCUGUGUCCAGCCAUUAUGUCUCCAAGUCUUUUCAACCUUAUGCAGGAGUAUCCUGAUGACCGCACAUCUCGGACUCUUACUCUUAUUGCCAAGGUCAUUCAGAACCUGGCCAACUUUGCCAAGUUUGGUAACAAAGAGGAAUACAUGGCAUUCAUGAAUGAUUUUUUAGAACAUGAAUGGGGUGGAAUGAAGCGCUUUCUUUUGGAGAUCUCUAAUCCAGACACCAUCUCAAACACCCCAGGCUUUGAUGGUUACAUUGAUCUGGGCCGAGAGCUUUCAGUUUUGCAUUCCUUACUGUGGGAAGUAGUUUCCCAACUUGAUAAGGGUGAAAAUUCCUUCCUACAGGCGACCGUGGCAAAACUGGGGCCUCUCCCUCGUGUUCUUGCUGAUAUUACCAAGUCAUUGACUAAUCCAACACCAAUACAACAGCAACUGAGACGCUUCACUGAGCAUAACUCCAGUCCCAAUGUCAGUGGAAGCCUCUCCUCUGGGCUGCAGAAAAUAUUUGAAGACCCCACUGACAGUGAUUUGCAUAAACUAAAAUCUCCAAGCCAAGACAACACAGACAGCUACUUCAGAGGGAAAACGUUAUUGCUGGUUCAGCAAGCCUCCUCUCAGAGCAUGACUUAUUCUGAAAAGGAUGAAAAGGAAAGUAGCCUUCCUAAUGGUCGGAGCAUUUCCCUCAUGGACCUCCAGGACACUCAUGCUGCUCAAGUGGAGCAUGCAUCUGUCAUGCUUGAUGUGCCUAUGCGCUUGACCGGAAGCCAGCUUUCCAUAACCCAGGUGGCCAGCAUCAAACAGCUGCGGGAAACCCAGAGCACUCCCCAAAGUGCACCCCAAGUGAGAAGGCCACUGCACCCAGCCUUGAACCAGCCAGGUGGCCUUCAGCCCUUGUCCUUCCAGAACCCUGUCUAUCACCUCAAUAACCCAAUUCCAGCAAUGCCAAAGGCCUCUAUAGAUUCCAGUUUGGAGAACCUAAGCACUGCCAGUUCCAGAAGCCAAAGUAACAGUGAAGACUUCAAGCUCAGUGGACCCAGCAAUAGCAGCAUGGAAGAUUUCACUAAACGUAGCACUCAGAGUGAGGACUUCUCCAGGCGGCACACUGUGCCAGAUAGACACAUACCUCUUGCAUUGCCACGACAGAAUAGUACUGGACAGGCCCAGAUCCGAAAAGUGGACCAGGCUGGUUUAGGUGCCCGAGCCAAAGCCCCACCGUCCUUGCCACACAGUGCUUCCUUGCGUAGCACCGGGAGCAUGUCAGUGGCAUCCGCGGCCCUGGUGGCCGAACCCGUGCAGAAUGGGAGCCGGUCCCGGCAGCAAUCCUCUUCAUCCAGAGAAAGCCCUGUUCCCAAAGUGAGAGCAAUCCAGAGACAACAGACACAGCAGGUUCAGUCACCUGUGGACUCUGCCACCAUGUCCCCAGUAGAGAGAACAGCAGCCUGGGUUCUGAACAAUGGGCAGUAUGAAGAGGAUGUGGAAGAAACUGAGCAAAAUCAAGAUGAAGCCAAGCAUGCUGAGAAGUAUGAACAAGAAAUUACUAAACUGAAGGAGCGCCUGAGAGUGUCCAGCCGGCGACUGGAGGAAUAUGAACGCCGCUUGCUGGUGCAGGAGCAGCAGAUGCAGAAGCUGCUGCUGGAAUACAAGGCCCGACUGGAGGACAGCGAGGAGCGGCUCCGAAGACAGCAGGAAGAGAAAGAUAGCCAGAUGAAAAGCAUCAUCAGCAGGCUAAUGGCUGUGGAAGAGGAACUGAAGAAGGAUCAUGCUGAGAUGCAAGCAGUUAUUGAUGCAAAGCAGAAAAUAAUCGAUGCACAGGUCAUAAAUGGAGAUGAGAUUAUUCAAACAGGAAAAACGGAUCGUGUCCCUGGAUUCAGCCAACACCAGACUGAUGAGUGCGCUGACCCAAGUGAAGGAGCGGUACAGCAUGCAGGUCCGCAAUGGCAUUUCCCCCACCAACCCCACCAAGCUUUCCAUCACGGAGAAUGGUGAAUUCAAAAACAGCAGCUGCUGACGGGCUUUGUGAAUAGACAGACUGUGGAAGGAGACCGAAGGAAAUUGACCCACUCUCCUGUUCCCAGACCUUUACCUAGCCCCUCCAGGUUUACAGAAUGUUGCUACUUCACAAUGGCAAUGUGGUGAGAAACUCUUGAAUGAAGAAAGGAACCUUGUCUUUCAGGGCAUAAGGCGACGACUUCCAAGGUCAAUGCUUUUCCCCCACAUCUCUAUGUACAUAGGGAACUUAGUUCUGGGCCAUGUACAGAAAAUACCACUGUAAUAUACCAAAAGGAAGUUAAUAAUGUAGAUUACCUUUUUGAUUAUUACUAUUUUUAUUAUUGUUUUCCUCUUGUUGAAAGCACUGCAGUUGUUAGAGGAAGUAAAGUAGGAACUGUUCUAUGAGUGAGACAUGAGCCCGUGGGUUCAGUAGGUAGAGACCAAGCAUCUAUCUGAUAGAAGCACAUGGUGUGCAAUAGGACAUUGUCAGAAUGAAUUUUUCAGGGAUUCAUCUACUAGUUUAAAAACCCCACUCUGGCCCCCUUGUCCUUUCAGAAAACAUGCAAAUACCAAGAUCCAUACAAAACAAUAAUUUAUUCCACUGAUCAACCAAGACUGGUUCUGUUUGGACAGCUAAUCUGAUUUGGGAUUCACUGUUUCAGAGGACACAGACAAAAGCUGUUGCUUCAAAACUGGACUUUAGGAGUAAUUUUGAUUGAACUCCUGUCAAUAUGUUUAUUUCCUCUGUCUACAACAGAUGGGAAUCUUCUCUUUUAGAUAGGGGCUUUUUUUUUAACCCCAAUUGUAAUAAAGGGUGUUCUUUUUCCUCUUUAGAGUUUACAAAACUAUAAACAUUCGUGUCUCCACGUACCAUCUUCAUCUUCACAUGUUCACUGCACUUUCCUCCCCAUGGUGGGAGCUGUCAUCACCAACAGGGUUUACUCUCCCCUGGAGAGGUUAUUUAAAUAGCUGUCCAUAAGCCAUGCAGAUCAACACCCUUUCUUCCAUACAGAAAAGGGCUAACCAUACCAUAGCUGGAAUCUCUGAAUAUUUCCUAUUAAAAAUUUUUUUCUAUUUGUUAAGUUACAGUUUUUGUUUGGGAUAAAGAUUUUAUCCAUUCAACUAGCAAAUUUAUAGACAGGGUAAUUUUAUCUCCCUCUUUAACUUUUAAAGUGCUUCUUCCCCUCAUCCCCUCAGUAAGGAAAGGAAAUCCAAAUCUGAAGCAUCACUCUCUUAAAAGUGAUGAUUACUCAUGUUUCAAAAAGAAAAAAAAAUUGAAAGUGUCAGGAUGGCGCGUUCCAGUUGUUAUUCCCAUGCUCUUGGUAGAUCUGUCAGUAAUGACCCAAUUUCAACUUUUGUCAUCCAUAGCUUUAUGAUUACAGAACAGAAAAAGUCAUGGAGACUAAUUCAUUUCCUUUUUUCCAGAGGUAUGAACUGUCAUCUUGAAUGCAGCCUUGAUUACCAGAAGUAUGGAAUGUUACAUGUUAAACAGACAUUAUAUAUACAAAUAUAUAUAUAUAUAUAUAUAUAUACAUAUAUAUCCACACAUAUGUACAUAUAACUGCACAAAUAGGAAAAGUUCAUGCCUUCUAUACUGUUCAGAUAUAAUGUUAAAAGGGUCUUGAACCUCUUUAAGCAAGAUCUUAGCAGUCGUUUUACAUUGAGAAAGCAACAAUGUUUCUCAAAUAAGUUUAUGUCUAUUUUAAAUUAUAAGCUUUAAAGAAUUUUUAUUCUAGAAAAAGGGGAUGGAAAAAAAAACCUGAGGGAGCCAUAUGCAUCAAGUGAGCGUUUCUCCACAAGAGAAGAAGGGAACGUGUAUAGUUCCGUCUUUUGAGUGAUGCCCAGACAGACACCAAGCCCUCCUUUUCACCGAGUCCCAGGCUUACAUUUCAACUUCUUGAGCUCUGCCCUUUCUCAGGUGGAUCUUUGUGAUGAACCUUACAUUUUAGCAACCUCACCAUGGCCACAUAACCCAUAACCUUUUAAAACAGCCUAUUUCAUAGCAGUCCCUGUUUCUGCCAGACAGAGAUCUAAAAUGGGAGCUUCUCAUUGUGUUUAUGUGAUGUGCAUACUUUAUAUCCAGCUGUUUUGACACUUGCAUUUUCUUCACCUUUGGUAUUUGUUUUGCAAAUUCUCACACCUUCUCUCCAAGCUGAAGGCACACUGUGGUCAAAAUCACUCAUUUUAUUAGGAAAAAGAGGUAACUGUCCUGAAGUGCCCUUUGUUGGGGGAGGAAGAAUGUAAGCAUAGAUGUGUUCUUGUUUCGGCUAUUCUCAGCUCAAGCCAUGUUUAAUUGAUUCUUUGUAAAGGCCUUCAGUUGUGCCACAGAAAACCUUGUAAGAGAACUGUCAGUUUCAUUGACCUUAAGUAUGUAAUGUGGGUGAUGUCUUGCCAUUGAGUUUGGGAAGCUCUUAAGUGCUGAUUAUGGAUUACAGAGGGAUGAUAAAAUUACCUAUAUUGGGAAUCGAAAGAAGCCCCAAAAAAUCAAAUAUGCUUUUGAUGGAUAGAAUGUAUCAUAUUAGCAUCAUGGGAGCUCCUUAGAGGGCUCUUCAUUGGAAGAUUUAAUGCCCAAAACAUUUGGACAGAUUAUGCAGCCCUCUACUACCAGAUUAUCUUGAAUGAAAAAGAAAUAGUAAAAAUAGUAAUAAUAACAGUAAGAAUGUUACAAGUAAGCUGAAAGUUCAGAGGUGUUGACAGACGUUAAAUGUUAGAUUAUCCUGUGAGCCCACUCCUGUCCAAACAUUUUUCUCAGUAUUUCUUUAGAGAACGCUGCAAUCUGUAGAACCUACUCUGAAGGAUUUUUUAAGAAGAGAAGCCAGCAACAGGUGACAAUUUUUAUGGAGAUGUUUCUUUAUUGGCUUUUCCUCAGUUCAAACAGGUAUAUAACUUUGCUUUGCUGAGAGGAGGAGGUACAUGGCUGAAGAGAGGCAGAUAGAUUAAGAAAGCAAUGUCUUGCACUUCCUGUUUCCCUCAAUACAGCACUACAUUGUGGGGUGCAGGAUACAUCAGGGUUGAGUGGAAUUUGGAAUUCAGGUGGUGCUUGUAAAGUGCUUGUCUAGCUGAUAACAGACUUGAACAUUAAUGAGGACAGUGUUGGUAGGAGUUAAAAAAGAUUCCUAUUACCUUUUAUAUUACUGGAGCAAUAAGCAAUCUGAGCUGAAGCAGCAGAAAGAGUCACAUUUCCUUCAGGUCAUCAUAUUCCCUGGGUCUCUGAAUAAAAGCCAUGUCAGAGGAGAGAUUAUAACUAUGUAACUAUAAGAAGCACUUGAGCACUUGCUAUGUUCCAAGCACUAUCACCAAGGUACUGUUUGGGUUUCUGGCAGUCUAACAGUAAGAAAAAAGUGAGGUAAUCAUGUUGCUAUAGCUUUUUGCUUUUUUUCAUAUGGUAUCAAGUUGGUCAGAAUUAGGUUUCUCUGACUGUUCUGCUUCUGUGUUUCCCUGUGAUGGUGUUAAGACUAUGAAAGAAAAAGAAAGAUUACCUAAGACUGCUGUGAGCAUUAACCUAUGCCCCUAAGAAUGAGCUUGACUUUGGAAGUAAAGCUUUUCAAAUCUUAGUCUACCCAGGGCCUUCAUUUAUGGGUCUGUGGCUCUAUAGACCCCUGGCUUUCACUGUGUUCUCAGAGGUAUACCAGAUUGGGAGCAGAGUUCUCCUUGGGAAGUCCCAGAGCAAAAUAACUGCCAUCAGGUGAGUUUGCAUUAGUAUUUGUUUCCCCUUCCUCGAGGGCUGGUUUAGUUAUCUCUAGCCCGGAGUUCCUGAGAAGGCUGGUUAUGGGACUGAGCUUGGGAAAGGAACCCUCUUCAGGAUUACGUCAGUCCCGUAGUCUACUCCAUUGUGACCUUGAGCCCCAUGCAAGCUUGACACCAGACUCGACUUGUCACUGGGCCAAACCCAACAGCCACAUGUCACAGCUUCACUGCAUUUUCAGCUACACCUUUGAAUUCCAUCUUCUCCUGUCAACUGUGGAAAGCCUAAAGGGCUCUCUUCUCCAUUCCCCCCUUUUUCAAGUCUAAUAGUGAAAUCUCCUGCUUACCCCAGCAGUAAAUAUUGCCUUCCUACCCCUUACCUGGGGGCCAGUAAUUUGGGAUACUUUGUUUUUUCAAUAUGCCAGUUGAAGGACUUAGUUUCUUAAAAGCAAGAAAGGAGUGUUGAAUUUUUAAAUAGAAUCUCUUUUCAUGUUUGAAUGAUUGUGUGUAGUUCUAGAGGCAUUCUUGUUGUCAUGACCCAAUUAUGUAUACUCUUGGGUUUAGGAAGGACAAAAGUGAUGAAAUUUGCAUGAGAUAGAAUAAGUAUCUUAGGAGGAGUGAAAGAACCUUAGGAAGAGACUUGACCAUAAGGAAACAAAUGCAUCAGCAGUCUCCUCAGUAGCCCAGAGUUUCAAGGAAACGGGAAGAUUUCUGUCCUUUGCACACUCUGAAAAUACGUAGAUACAUAGAAAGGCAGACUCUGUAGACAACACAUGCACACACCCACACAAAACACAACUCCUGGGGCUUCCUUUUUCUGAAUGUUAAUCCAUUUUAUGGACUAGUGAUUCCCAAAUUUUGAGAUUUUCAGAUUUUAUGCUCUUGUUAGCUUUUAUGACAGUCAUUCUAGAUUCAUCCUUAAAAAUGUACUAUAUGUGUUAUAUGUAUAUAUACGUUAAAGUGACUUGAAAUUGAUUUGGUUUGGCAUUGUCUCAAGAACCCUAGAUAUCAUUAUUGAUACCAUGGGGAAUCAUAGAAAUAAAGUUGAGUAUCACUGAUCUGAGAGUAGGAUCCAAAAAUAAGUAGUUUCAGUUCCUGAUCAGUUAAGCCUCAGGUGUUUGAGUACCCAACACAGCAAGACUUGGGGAAUGCAGUGAGCCACCCAAGGAAAGGAAAAUGGUAGUUUUUGCCCGUAUUCAGCAUACAUUUUAAUUUCCUACUCAGUUGUUAUUUUUCAUUUAAAUACCCUCAUUUAACCCUAGGAAGGUUGGGUUUUUUUGUUUCUUGUUUUGUUUUGUUUUAGUUUGGGACUUAAAACCAGAUUUAUUUGUUGUUAUAGAGAGAUUUCCACAGAAGUUGUGUUUUAGAGACCUCCAUCAUCUAUGUGGGGGUACAGAUAUUUAUGUAUAAAUACAUCUUACAUGAUUUCCAAACUUUCAAGGGAAACAUUUCAAUUCUCAGUUCAAUAAAAGGUUAAAUACUAAUUGACUCAAUGACCACCUUCAGAAAAGUUAAAUAGUAAAUUAGGUUAAAUUUUGACUGGUGCUUAGACCUUUCCUAGUUAUAUUAACUUAAGCAGACAGCAGCACAUUAACCUGAGUUACACCUGUGAGGAAUUUACCUUCUAAAUUUGAUUUUGUUUUUCAUCUCCAGGGCCUUAAUAAGAGUGUGUUAACACACUACUAUUUUACAAUGAUAGCUCUAAAUAAUUUAUUUUUUAUUUCAAGAGAGAGAAAUACACCUUAGAAAAACAAAACCCAAGAUUUUAUUUUAUUUUUAAAGCCAUAUUUUUGUGCUAGUAGCAUUUAGAUUGUUCCAUAUGUGAGAUCCGUAUCUGCAUUUCAUUACCUGGGUUUGUUCUAAAGAAGAUUUAUUUUUGUUCUGUGAAUAAUUUUUGAUGGUUCUUGUACAUGUACAGAUAUAGAUACGUUUGAGGUCUUUUAUUGCUAUUCCUACAAAGACUACAAAUAAACUUUAACUUUAAACAUUUCAGACUAAAGUUGCUACUAUAUUUGACAUAUUGCUGUCUUCUAGCAUGCACUUGGGUGACAAGGACACUUGGAAAGAAAUGAGAAAUGAAACAUAUAACAGAAGAUUAUUCUGAAGAUAUAUUUUAACAUUAAGAACAGUCUGUCUUAGCAUUUCCCAAGUUCCAUGUAAUAAGAUUUCAAUUUAGGACAAAUAAAUAGUAUUAACAUGUAUUGUGAUAAAGCUGUUACUUUCAAAUUCUGCAGAAUUUGAAAUCUCUUUAGUAACUUGUGGCAGGUAAAGUUUCCUCUGGUUAUUAGGAAGUGUAGCCCCACUUAGCUUCCUAGACCACUACUAUCCUCCGUACUUCUUCAGUUAGAUUAAUGGGGUUGUUUUCAGGAUUUUUGUUGUUUAGUUCAGGUUUUUUAUUUUAAAUUCUUAAUAGAAGUUCAUUUGUCAUUCCCAGGUUGAUUGUUCCCAAAUACACCCGUCUUCUCCUGUAUCCCUGUUUCAUUCUGUAAAAUCCAGGGGUGCAGGUUUCAUGUGUAGUCUUAUUUUGCAUUAGUUGUAGGUCUACGCUUUUUGGCACAUCUUGAGUUCUUCCUAAUCUUGUUCUACUAGGGAUUAAAAAAUUAUAAUUUACCCAAAAUCCAGAGAAGAUUGAAUGAAA